AUGCCGACGACCCGACGGUCGCGGGCGUCAGCGACGCCGACUUCGCGGGCCAUGAUGUUCCUCGACGGCUGCUUCCUGCUGCAGUACUUGGUCGGCGACACCGCACGAGUACCGGCCUAUACGUCGUCGCCGUCCUUCAGCGCCGUGGAGAUCGCGCAGAUCGGCGUCUGGCUGACAGCGAGCACGAAGCCGUGGUUCGGGGACAUGAGAGUCCACCGGGGGCCCCUGCUGGGCGAGCUGUCGCUGUCGCCGGUGUUUCUGAACGACAUCACCGCCUCCUGGCUCGUGAACAUGGCGGCGCUGGAGGCGAGCACCGCCGCGAGCUGUGAGUCGGACGGCUUCGUAGUGAGCUCGUACCUGGCGGUGCUGGCGAUGCUCAUGGACGGGAAGGAGGACGUGCACGUGCUGCGGGAGAAGCGCGUGCUGCAUGGCACCCUGAGCAACAAGCAGGCGCUCGGCUUCUUCAAGGACCUCGGGCAGCACCUGCGCUUCGGCAGCCAAUACUUCGCCAUCUUGGAGCAGAUCUACGCGUACAAGCUCCACAGGUCGGCCAGUGUCGCCGCACUCAGGUUCCUCUUCAAUUUCGUCGUGAUCAACAUCAGGGUCAUCGCCGCCAUCCUGUCCAUCACCGGCGUGGUCGUAGGCAUCUUUAAUGCCCUUCUCUCACUCAAGCAUCGUUAA